AUGGAGAAUCCAUUCCAAGAUCUGCGCGUUAUAGAAUGGGUUGGAGACGGAGAACGUAGAGGCACACGUGGAAGCUUUUGUCAAUCACAAAGCGCGGCAAGAUUGAAGGCAAGAUGCAUCGAAUGUCAGAACGUGAAUUGCCAAUGGGACAAAACCUCGAUCGUCCCGGAGCUCAAAAUCCCAACCUCGGGCUCGGCGGAUAUCAUUACCUACACAUGGAAAGGCAUUGUGCAAGAGAAUUUGAUGCCAUCGCGGAAUCUCGAUAAAGUGGUAGCACCAGUCAAUCCUGACCACCAAGCGGACCCCCAAGUUUCCACGGAGAGUUUUCUCAACGGCAUCUGGGAGCACAGUUCAACCUAUGCAAGAGAUUUCCUGCUUGAGGAUUCGACCGCGACGAAGGACGCUUUUGACUACGACUACACCCGGCGCUUUACCAUGCCAAUCUGGAACACCGGCCUUUGCUGA